AUGUCGUCUACAAGCGAGUCCUUCACGCUCCCAAACGGGCGACAGAUGGCCUAUACCCUGUCGUCCGGCAGUUCCUCGGAUCGCGUGGUCCUUUUCUCCAAUUCCUUGGCCGAGGAUCUGACCUCGUGGGAUCGCGUCGUGCCUGUGGUGGAAAACCAAGACUUCCGCGUCCUCCGCUACGACGACCCGGGGCAUGGACGCUCGGGUGCGCCUACUAAAGCCGAAUUGACCUCCAUGACAUUCGAGACCUUGGCGGACGACGUCUACCACCUUCUCGAACACCUCAAAAUCAGCAAGUUGCAUGCCUGGGUCGGCGUCUCGAUGGGCGGCAUCAAGGCCGUGUACUUCACCGCGCGCCAUCCGGGCAUCGUGAACAAAAUCGUCGUGGCCGACGCCAUCGCCGCUUCUCCGGCCGUGGCGGGCAUCCCCGAUAACUUUGCCGCGCGGGUAAGCGCCGUCAAACAGUCGGGUUCCAUCUCGGAGGACCUCUCAAACACUAGGAAGCGGUGGUUCGGUGAAGACUGGAUGGCAAAGCAUCCGGAGGAAACGGCGAGGAUUGAGAAGUCCAUGGCUACAACUACAGUUCAGGGGCUCGAGGCGUGCUGUGCUGCCCUUGGGGGCCCGUCUUUCGACCUGAAGCCGCUAUAUCCGAAGGUGGGAUACGCCUGUGAAGAGGCGCUCAUUGUCGCCGGCGAGAAGGAUGCGGACCUUCCAGUCAAGAUGCAGGAGAUGCGGCAGGCUAUUGAGGAGAGCCUCUGGAGCUGUGGAAAGAAGGUGCCCGUGAGGAUGGAGAUUAUCAAGGGUGCCGGGCAUGUUCCCUACAUUGAUGGCUUCGAGGACUUCUGCGAAAUCAUCACCAAAUUCCUUGCCUAG